AUGGUGGCGAAUCUAGAGCUUGUGAUGGAGGGAGAGAGGAGAGGGAUGCACGGAGGAGGUCGUGGAGAGGAGAGGGAAGGAUUGGGAGGAGGAAUGGAAGGAGGAGGCAGGAAUGGACGGAAGAGGGGAAUGGAGAGCUUGAAGGCGUGUGCAGCAGAGGGGAUGGGGCCACGAGGGGAGAGAGGCGCCGAGAAGAGUGGAAGCAAGAAAAGUGGAACUGAGAAGAGUGGAGCGCAGGGGAGUGGCGUUGCAGCGUCAGUGUGUCCGCUCCUCGGCUCGGAGCUGCUGCUGAAGGCGGAGUUCAGAGCAAAGGUGGACGUCACCUGCCCCGUCUGCCUGGAGGUGCCCUUUGACCCGGUGUCUCUCGCCUGCACGCACAUCUUCUGUCGUGGCUGCGCUUGCUCCGUGGCGCACGUGCCGGUGUUUUUCGGCCUCGACUCCGCAUCGCCCCACAUCACGUGCCCUCUGUGCCGCCAGCAGGGGGUGUUUCGGCAUCCCCGGUCUCUCAGGGAACUGCACAGGCUCAUCAUGGCAAGGUGUGGGACGGGAGCAGCGACAGGAGUGGUAGGGCAGGACAAGACUGGUUGUUUGCUUCUUGGUCUCUAA